CUGGGUAGGAGGGGGCUGAGAGGAAGCGGAAGUGUCAGCGCAGGCGGAAGUGGUUCUGCCCUGAAUCCCUUGACUGAAUAGCGAGAGGAGGACGCCGAAGCUCGAGCCACAAAGCCUCAUCGGUCACGCCACCAAAUCGCGAACUCUCCUAGCUGACAAACCCGCAAGAUGGACAGGUCCGAAGAGGUGCAGAAAGCUAAGAUGGCCGAGCAGGCCGAGCGCUACGACGACAUGGCGGCUGCCAUGAAGCUGGUGACUGAGCAGAACAAGGACCUAACCAACGAGGAGCGCAACCUGCUGUCCGUGGCCUACAAGAACGUGGUGGGAGCCCGCCGCUCGUCCUGGCGCGUCAUCUCCAGCAUUGAGCAGAAGACUGAGGGCAACGAGAAGAAGCACCAGAUGGCUCGCGACUACCGCCUCAAGAUCGAGAAGGAGCUCCAGGAGAUCUGCCUUGAUGUGUUGAAACUCCUAGAUGAUUUCCUCAUCCCCAACGCGAAGCCGGCAGAGAGCAAAGUGUUCUACCUCAAAAUGAAAGGAGACUACUACAGAUACCUGUCGGAGGUGGCGGCCGGCGACGAUAAGAAGGACACCGUGAGCAACUCGCAGAACGCGUACCAGUCCGCGUUUGAAAUCAGCAAGACGGACAUGCAGUCUACACAUCCCAUCCGACUCGGCCUGGCUCUCAACUUCUCCGUCUUUUACUACGAGAUCCUCAACUCGCCGGACCAGGCCUGUUCUCUGGCCAAGCAGGCUUUCGACGAGGCCAUCGCCGAGCUCGACAGCUUGAACGAGGAAUCGUACAAAGACAGCACGCUGAUCAUGCAGCUACUAAGGGACAACCUGACUCUGUGGACAUCAGAAAACCAGGGUGACGAGGUGGAGGCCGGCGAGGGCGAGAACUAGUACAGUGCACCCAACACCCCCAACCAAUACCUUUGCCAUCCAACCCCCGCUCUUCCUCCUCUUGUCUUCAUGCACACAAAUGUUCAUUCCUUCUUCUUCUUCUGUGUAAGAGGCAGCAGCAUGCCCCCCUUCCCCCCGAACCUGGCACUCCACAAGCUCCUUUAGAACCUUCUGGCCCGUCCUGUCUCCCUAGGAGGUUUUUUUUUUUUUUUCUUCUUUUAAAAUCUAUCACCAUUUUCUUCCUACUUCCUUCUUCCUCCUCAACUUCCUAUCGGCUUGUUAGUCCUGCCCACUGGCUGCUUUUAUUCCACUUUAAUCCCAACAACAAGAAGACAAGGUUAUUAAACUGUUUAUUUUCAACAACAAUGCUCACGCCUUCUCUUUUUUUUUUUUUUUUCCCCCACUUGCACUCAUCAUGCUUGUUUGCUUUUAGACUCAAGAGGGUGCCAGACACCCAACAAAACACCCAAGUUCUGUUCUACACCAAACAUACCAACUACAGCAUUUUGGGUACUAAAACAUCAAGACUCUAAAAGUUGAAGACAAAAAAACCAUCACAAUCCUAGACUUUACCGGAGCUCUUUAAAGUUUCCAGGAAUAAAAUAACCUGCCCACAAGAGGAUUUAGGAAUAAAAAUACACCAAAAGUUAAGAACAAACAAAAAAAAAAAAAAAAAUAACCCAAAGGCUCUACAAACAUAACAGACCCUUAAGGUUUAGGAACAUAAAGGAUCAGAUCUCAGAGGUUCCGGCAACU